ACAGAAUUAUGACUAAGUAAAGUUUCUAAUGCGUGAUUACUAUUCAGUAUUUCGUGGAAUAACUUUUCAUCGGCGUUAUACCCAAACUCCUAAGUUGGUUGUAUUUUGCGGACAGGAGCACAGUCUCAACAGAAACUUAGCAAUAUCAAAUUUGAAUGAUAAUAUAAUGGCGUCGAUAAAGUUAGUUUUAGUAGGUUAAGCGUUUUAGAUUUUGACUUUUCUGUCACUUAGUCUUACUGUUAGUGUAAGGUAAACAGUUUCAACUGAGUACGCGUCUCCACAAAUUGCCGUAUGCUAGUGUAGAUUAGAUGAGUAGAGUAGCAUAGUUUACCUGUAGAAAUGGAUGGUGAUGGGAAAAAGGGGUGCAAGUAGUGAGCAUGGUGAAGGUGUAUGUCAUAGUGGUAAUGGUGGUGGUGAUGGGCCAGGUCCUUCAAAGUGAGCCAAGACGGUUCCAAUUUGCAUCAUUCACUGUAUCAAUGAAGAACUCAGCUCUAAUCUGACUACUCCAAAAGACAUUGAAUCUUGGAGAACAUUUUUCCAAGCUGCUGAAUUAUGAAACUACACACUGAUUCUUGCCAUUGUAAAGACAAUAGAAGACACUGUGCCAAACAUUUUAUACCAUAGAAAAUGUCAUAGUUUGUUCACUAUGAAAAAAGAUUUGGAGAAAAUUUGUGCCACAGAAAAUGAAGAUCACAGCAGAGAGAACUUGUCAAAGGGUCCAAGAAUAUUUCUAGAAGAUUCUCUUCAGUGUCUGAACCUUCAUCAAGAGUGUAUGAUCCAGUGUGCAUAUUUGGUCAAAAAAAAGAGCAAGUAUCUGAAAAACAGCAACAGCAGAGAGACAUUGACUCAGUGCAUGGAAUUGAGGUCUGAUGAGGUUGUUAGAAAUGCUGCCACAGACAAGCAAGACACCAGAAUUCUAGCAAUUGCUUGUGGAGAUUUGGUUGCAGCAGAAAACCAAUAUCAUAGGUCAUGUUAUUGUGAAUAUACUAGAAAUAAAUAAAUGCACCUGUCAUCAGAAAACUUUAUUCAACAGACAACAUGUGAUAUUGAGUACUCAAAAGCAGAAACAUUGCUUACGAGGGAAAGUAACUAUCUUGAAAAUCAUCAAGACUCACCCUGAAGAGAAAGAAGCCCUACCUACAGCAGCUUGGUUCUAAAUGGACCCUGAAUACAGAAUUAUUCUAACAGCUAGAAGCAUUUACAUGUCAUGUAUACAAUACCAAAGCAUCAUCAAGGGGUGUCAGUGAGCUGUGAUAUAGAUGUUUCUGUGCAAAGAAGAGGGAAAUUAACUAAUCUUGAAAAUCAUCAAGACUCACCCUGAAGAGAAGGAAGCUCUACCUACAGCAGCUUGGUACUGAAUGGAUCCUGACUACAUAAUUGUUCUAACAGCUAGAAGCAUUUACAUGUCAUGUUUACAAUACCAUAGCAUCAACAAGGGGUGUCAGUGAGCUGUGAUAUAGACGUUUCUGUGCAAAGAAGUGGGGAGAUAAGAGUAGUAACAUUUACCACCUUGUGCUGCUGCUCUCCAUAAACACUGCAUGAGGGCAAACUCCCAAUCUGGAGUAUGGAAAUACUGUCUGGAAAGCUGCACUGAAAUUCCAUCUCCUGUUAGCAAUUGCUGGUGCAUGGAAUUUGAGGAUGGAGAUGGUGGGCUUACAACUUCUGUCAUGCACGUGCUCCAGAGCAUGUAAAAUGUCUACCUGCCCUUGUCUUGCUAAUGGACUUAGAUGCACAGAGAAUUGCAAAAUGAAAUCAUGUACCAAUCAACUCAGUGAUGCUGAAUCUGAUGAUGAUGACUGCCUUGAGGAAAGUUGAAUAAAAAAAUCAGACAUGCAUGGAAUUGGUGGUAUUUCUAGAUCUGGUCGUGUGAGAAAGAAAUCUGCCAAACUGAUGGAAAUGGAAGAUUUCAAUGUACCUGAAAAAGAAGAAAGGCCUUAUAAAAAAUCUAAAUCAUCAGAUGAUUCUGAACAAGAAACUGAGAAGAAAGUAGUUCCAUUGAAAUUACCCAUAAAAGUUCCUCUGGUGACAAUUUCAGUGCCUCCAAGAAAGUCACCUUUGCUGAUUCCUCCAACAAAACAAAUAUUUCUUAGUUCAGAGAAAAAGAAACAUGGAUUAGAAUCUCCUACAAAGAAUCUUAAUUUUAACACCACUUCUCCAAAACUGGUAAACAAAUCUGUUAUUUUCCCUGUUGUUACAAGUAAGUUUCAUGGAUCUGCACUGACAUCUGGAACAAGUUCAAGCUCUUCAUCUGAGUCAGAUGAUUCAUUUGAAGAAGUUCCUGCUCCUGAAGUUUUCAGACAAAUUGAUCAAAGACUUUUACCACCAAAAAAGAAAAUCAACCAAGAAAUGUUGUGGGAGAAACCUGUUGUAACUUUUGGUAUUAAGAAACUGUCAUUGGAUGCAGAGUCACCUCCUCUCAAGAAAAAGAAAAAGAAGAAAAUGAAGAAAAAGUUGGAAAAAGAAAUGAGAGGAGAGAAGUUGAAAGAAAAGAAGAAGAAGAAAAAACAUCUGUAUCAUCCAAAUCAUUUAUGGGCUGUCCAGUCACAUUAGAAUCCAUUCUUAUCCCUAAGACUCAGCAAUUCUCUAAAUCUGAAGAGGUUUUAAGCAGGAAAUCAAAGUCAUCUGUCUGUGGUGUGUCUAAGUCUACCAAAAAUGUUACAUUAGUGAAUGGAAAGAAGGUGAAAGAUCCAAGCAAAGUUAGACCAAUGAGUGCAUACAUGUUAUGGUGUCGUGAAAAUAGAAAGAGGAUUGUGAGGGAGAAUCCACAACUUGAUUUCCACUUGAUCAGCAAAAAAAUGGGUGCUGUGUGGCAAUCCCUUUCAGCCAAAGAGAAGAUGGCAUGGAAAAGAAAAGCAAAACAAUCUGCUAAGCUGCAGAAGAAUGCUCUGGCUAAGGGUGUUACAUUCAUCAGUACAGGGAAGUCGGGCUCUGCUUUAGGACAGUUUGCCAGUUCUGGUGGUGGAGCUAACAGGAAUCAAUCUAAUGUUACUAACAUCAGUUCCAUUUGUGAUCCUAAAACAAAACUCCCGAGAACAACACCGCUUGAUGUCGCUGCUCACUUAAAGCUCCUGGGUGAUUCUCUUAGCAUUAUUGGUCAAAGAUUGACUGAGCAUGAAGGCCAAAUAGCUGUGUCAGGAACCUUGUCAGUAUUGUUGGACUCUACACUUUGUGCACUUGGACCAUUGAUGUGUCUUACAAGCCAAGUUCCUGAGUUGAAUGGAUGUGAACAGAAAUCUCUUGCACAAACCUUAGACAAUAUUGCUUAUGUGAUGCCAGGAUUGUAAAAUUAAUUACAAGGAGUGGUAACACCACAGCAGUACAGUUUUUAAAUUUGAAAGAAGUUCAAUCAAGAUUUGAACUGAAACAGUUUUAAACACACACACACGUUACAUACUUUCCAGUUUUGUGAAAUAAGCACAGGUGGAAAAAGUUGGGUUUUUGUAAAUAACUUAUUCAUAAAAUGUUUUGUAAGUUGGUAAACUUCAUUACUUCUGCAUUGUUUGUGUACUGUUUUGUAUAAAAUCAUCCAAUGAAAGAUACAUCAAAAGUUCUAACUAUUUGUGCUAAGUUAUAGAAAACAAGAAAAUAAGAUGAAAGUGCUCAACUUAUAAAAAUUUACUCAUUUUUAUGAUAUUUAUAACAUGCUGGAUAAAAAAAAUAGUUCUUUGCUAAUGAUGUUAGAUUGUUUAUUAACAUAGUUCUGUUUCAAUGAUAUUGUUGAAACAUGCCCCUCCUCUUUGUUGUGCUAGUAGCAUUAAAAAAGCUUGCCUGUAAAAAUUACAAUUUAUAGUCAACUUUAUUCACUAGAAACACAAAAUCAAGUUUAUCCUGAAAUAUUAUAGUAUUAAUAUAAUAUUAAUAUCUAUAGAAAGUUAAGACUAGAUUUAGAAACUUUGGAGAAGAAACUUUUUACUGUCCACCAUUAGUAUUAUUUUCAUUAAAUUGAGCUUAUAUUAAGUUUAUAUGAGAAGAAAAUAUUGAAAAAUUAUCCAGCUUAAUUGAAAGUAGAUGUCUUAGAACAAAGUCAAAAUUUGGUGGGACAGGAGCGAUAAAAAUUUUAGAAAGAGAAACUUUUCAGCAGGUAUCAUGAACAUUGUUUAGUGUCAAGAAACAAAUUAAUUAUUUUACCUACUUUAGAUUCCUUCACCUAUCAUUUGAAAUUACUUCUGUUUCCUCUAAACUGCAUGCCUGGGCUGGCAGUAAUCUGGCAGGUGCUACACAUUGAAAACAACAGGCCAAUCACAAAUUACUUUUCUGCUUUUAAAAAGGAAUGGCUUUUGGAAUUUAUGGAAACCGAAACUACUUAUGGUUUUGAAAGUAGUGCUCAGAGGAGUUGUUAGUCUACCUAGUACAAAUAAAAAUUAGAAUGAACAUUAGUGUAUAUAUUCAUGUGUGAUGAUAACUAAUACUCCUAAACCACAACUUUAUAUAGGAGUGUAUUUUAAUCAUAAUCACCUGGAAAGAUAGAUGCAAUCAAUAUUAAAUGAUUUACAGAAAACGUUUAGAAACAAAUUAGAUCACACAUAGUAGUUACAUAAACAACAUACUUGUCCUUUUUUCUUUUCUAGGGGCAGAUUUUUAAUAUAAUUUAAGUAAAUAAAUACUUAUUGGAUGAUAAUUAUAUAAGUCUUUCUUAUUUAUAAGGAUCUUUAUGUAAGGUUAGUCAGCAUUACCUCAAUAUCUUAAUUCAUUGUUGGUCUCAUUUUCUCAAGUCAUUUCAAAAGUAUGCUUUUGCCCAGUAGUCAGGUCCUUAUUCUGUGAAAAUGCAAAUGUCAAAAGCAAAGAAAAGCUGCAAUAGAAACAUCUUCAUUUAUCACAUGAAGAAAUUUCUGCCGUAUCUAUUUUCAGUCAGUCUUCCCCCACUUUUGUUCUCUUAAUUAUAGUUAUUUAUCAAAAACAGAACAUUACAGCCACAUCACUUCCUCAUACUUGUUAUCAGAAAUCUAUUCUGAAUAUGUUUUCUCACUGCAUACUGUAUAGUGACAUAGGAGUUCCUCUCUUUUUUUCUUUUUUUUUGAACAGUUUAUGUUUCUUAGACAGUUAUACACACACACACAUUUUUUCAUCAUCGGUCCUUUCUAAGAUCUCAAGCCAAUUGGAGUGAACAACAAUGCCUCAUUCUCUUAGGACAUGUUCAAGUUUGCUUGAAUUAUUGGGGGAUUUUGGGUUAGCAUAUUCUUUAAUUCACAUUAACACUUUUCUUUUAGUAGAACAAAUACAGCCUUGCUAACAAUAAGGAGCAGUAAAUGUAUGAACUCCAAAUGAUGAAAGUAAAAUCAUAAUUUUGUCCUUAACUCUAAAGAAAAAACUGUAGGUAACAAUUAAGUUUAAAAACACAUCUUAAUUGUACUUACGGAUACACCCUUGAAAUGACGUUUUUCAAAACUCAUUCUUAGUGAUUGAAGACUAUUUAUUCAUGUAGGGUAGACUGAUAACACUACAAACUGAAUUUCAAUACCCGUUGUGGGCACAGUAUAGAUAUCCCAUUGUCUAGCUUUGUGCUUAACAAUAAACAUUCGGUCACUUUGUUUAUUUAAGUAAUUACGAAAUAUUCUAUAAAUUACAAAAAUUGGAAAAUUAUUUUUACACAAGAAUUCCUUGAUGUCAUUAGACUCUCUUGCAAUAUCUCAUAUAUGCUAGAUAAUUUAUAUACAUGAUGAGAAUAUAUUUUCGACUAAAUUUUCUGUAAGAGUAUUUGGAAUGAAACUUGCAAAGUCUGUGAAUGUUUUCCUAUUGUAUAAUUCACAUUCAAAUUGGCCAUUGUUAUUGGUAACUAAAGUGUCCAAAAAUGAAAGUAUAGGAUGCUACUGAUGUACAGUGAAAUUCAUGCUAUAAUGUCUGUUAUUCAAGUAGUGAAUAAUUAGAAAGCUUGAUUGCAGUUUUUGAGGAUGGUGAAGGUGUCAUCAAUAUACCCCAAUAAUAGAAGGGUUUAAACUGUUGUGGGCAAUUUUCUAGCCAUUGGCUUUCUUGAAAACACAUAAAUAGAUUGGCUAAAGAGAGCACCAACCUUGAGCCCAUAACAAUGCUGCCAAUCUAUCGUACAACUUUCCCUUCAAAAGAAAAUAAGAAUUUCUAGUGGCAAAGUUCAUUAAUUUCAAAUUCACAGAUUUCUCAUAUAGAUGGAUGUAAAUCAGAUCAGUACUUAGCUUCUAAAGGUAUAUUUAUAUAGAAUGUUUCUACAUCAAAACUGGCACAGUGUGCAUUACUUUCAAACUUGAAAUGUUUUAUUUCACAAGAAAAAACUUUUUUUUAUAUAUGUAUUCAUUGGUGGUAAACUACUUUAAGGAAUUCAACUAAGAAACCAAUUAAUGCACAAUUGUAGGUUUCAAUGUUAGAAACUAUUGCUUGCAAAGGAAAUAUUCCUUUAUGAAUUUCAGCCAAAACUUGAAACAAUACCUGAAUGACUUCCUUAUGAUCUAAUAUUCAGAUAUUGUUUUUCAUUGAGAAUAUCAUAGUUUUUUUAUUUCAGUAGGUAUCUUUAUAAUUAAGCUUCCCUGUUAUUGUUAAGAUCAUAAUGCAGCUUUUCAAUUUUAAUAGAAUCAUUUACGAUAUCUUCUGCUUUCAUUGAAUAAUCAUCUUUUUCUAAAAUUAUAAUACAAUUUUCUUUUGCUAAUUUGUAAGCAACAAUAUUAUCAGUUUUUCUUAAAAUUUUCAAAGCUUUAAAUUCUUCAGGACUUAAAUAUAGAAAAUGCUUGUAUUCAAUAUUCUAACUAUAAAUAGUAAUCAACAAUAUACCAGUGAUUUGAUCUCUAAUACUACAAGAAAUUGAUAAGAGGUACUACAGAUGGAUUGAAGAGACAAUAAUUCAAAUAAACUGCUCAAACUGUAAUAAAUAAUCCUUAAACUUAAGCCUCUUAGUGAUACAAAAUUUCAGACCAUGAGCUAAACUUUUUCUUUAAACUUCACUCAAAAUGUGCCUUGAAUAAUUAAGUAUGGCAUCAUAAGGAUAUUUAAAAAUGGAUUUUUUUUACCUUACUGUAACCUCAAGAUGUUUAUCUUAACCAAAAGGUUUUUUUCUAAUCUGUAAAAGAAUUUUAUUCUGUGAUUCAGUAAAGUUUGUUUAAAAUGUAUGAAAUCCAAACUACAGACUUGGUUUUGUAACUGAAUUUUUGGUAAUUGCAAAAUUAGAUAAUUCAAUUCAAUAAUUGCUACAGCGUGUUUUUAUAUUCAGUUGCCACUUUGUGCUUGUAUUGUACAUUGCUAUCAGCAGACAUAUAAUGAUCGAAUGAUAAUAAAGAUAAUUUUUCAGUUGCAACUUAUUCAUAGCAGUAUAUUGGAAAAAAAUUCCGUGUGUUUCUAAACGUCUCUCUUACUAUUUGACAUUUGAUUAGUUUGAUGAAUUUUUGAUGAACUUGGAUUUCUUUAUGUCAUUGUGCACUUUUCAUUAUUGUUUCUGAGAUAUGAAUGAGGUUAAUUUGAAUCUUUUACGUCAUUGUGCACCUUUCAUUAUUGUUUCUGAGAUAUGAAUGAGGUUAAUUUGAAUCCUUUACGUCAUUGUGCACCUUUCAUUAUUGUUUCUGAGAUAUGAAUGAGGUUAAUUUGAAUCCUUCAUUUUUAGAAUCUGUCUUCAAGGUAUUUUGUAUGUUUGGAAUAAGAAGUUUUAAACUGGGAUUUUUAUCUGGAUCACACGUCACUACAUCUAACCCAUAAGAUGUCAUUUAUCCAGGGAAUUGAAAUGUGUGCCUUUGUACAAAUGUUCUUACAGUUCAAGUGUUGUAGCACACUUAAGUUACAGAAAGUUUAUGUAUAAUAGCUUUGAGCAUUUAAGGAUUGUUAAAGUACAUCGUAGAGAUAGUUUAUAAUGUGUGUAGGACAGUUUUUAACAUGUUUUAGAUUUAAAAUUACAUUUAAUGUAAAUUUUAUUUUUCAGAUGUUUUGAUGAAAAAUGUCAACAAAACUUGUUAUAAAUACUUAGUUUCAAGAAUUUCUGCUAUUUAUGAUUAUCAUUUGUGUUUAAUAUUUUGUCGUUGCAUGUAGUUGGAUUUAAUUGUUUUGUUCAAUGUGUAUCAUUCCAUGUUAACUGACUUAUCUUAUUCAUUCAGCAGUUUUUAGAUGUAACUCUUAUGUGCUUGUGUUACAAACCAUUCAUUGUGCCACAUUAUUUUUCUUUCCUUUGUAAAUAAACGUUUUUAUGCAACAACCA